AACUUUCACUUUCCGUUUUCUAAUAUGUCAAUCAAACAAGCACUAAAAGUCUAACAUUAUAUUUCCAGCCUAGUCUCUCGAACUACUAAAAACACGAACCCAACUCGUAUUCCCGAGUUCCGAACUCUACUCUCUGAUGUUCCCCUGCUUCUCUAGUUUAUUCCUUUAAAAACAUUAAACAUGUGCUGAAAGUCCAUGUUACUUUACAAGUAUGAUUCCUGAUAAAGGACUAAAACCCACUAAACUAUUGUCCACACCUUUUUUUAAUCAAAACACAGCCUCAAUUACUAUUAAUUCUCCUUCUCAUCCUUGAGCAGAUUAAAUCUUGUAAUCUUAAUUAGCCAUGGCAACCGCAAACUCACAAACUAUCUUUCUGCUAAUUCUUCUCAGCAUAUCAUCAGCCACCUCUCUAGAUCCAAACUUUAAAAUCAAAGAGGCAACCAUAAAAGAUCUCCAAAUAGCCUUCCACCAAAACAAGCUCACCUCAAAAGAACUGGUAAAGUUGUACUUAGAACAAAUCCAAAAACUCAAUCCAAUCCUGAGAGCGGUCAUAGAAGUGAACCCAGAUGCUCUGAAGCAAGCGGAGGAGGCUGAUAGCAGGCGGGAGAAAGCGAAGAAAUGCAACUUAGUUAAAGAAGCUCCAGGGCUAGAUGGGAUACCAAUAUUGUUAAAGGACAAUAUUGCUACUAAAGAUAAGCUGAAUACAACUGCAGGAUCAUAUGCGUUGUUGGGUUCAGUUGUUCCUAGAGAUGCUGGUGUUGUUAAGCGGCUAAGGCAGGCUGGGGCUAUCAUUCUUGGGAAGGCUAGCUUGAGUGAAUGGGCUAACUUUAGGUCUACUGCCGCGCCUAGUGGCUGGUGUGCUAGAGGUGGUCAAGGCCAGAACCCUUACAAUCUAUCAGAAAAUCCCUGUGGCUCAAGCAGUGGAUCAGCCAUAGCAGUAGCAGCAAACUUGGCAGCAAUUACUCUUGGGACUGAAACAGAUGGCUCCAUACUUUGUCCUUCCAGCACCAACUCAGUCGUGGGAAUCAAACCCACCCUCGGUCUCACUAGCCGCGCUGGGGUUAUACCAAUCACUCCUACACAAGACACUGUUGGACCCAUUUGUAGGACUGUGGCAGAUGCAACUUAUGUUCUGGAUUCCAUUGUAGGUUAUGAUCCUUACGAUUCCAAAGCAACAGCGAGUGCAAGAAAAUACAUACCCCAAGGUGGCUAUGCUCAGUUUCUAAAGCUUGAUGGCCUAAAAGGGAAGAGGUUAGGAAUUGUAAGAAAUCCAUUCUUUGACUAUAUUAAAGACCGUCCUAAACAGGACAGAGAUUUUAAGCAACAUUUCCAUACUCUAAGGGAAAAGGGAGCAAUAUUAGUUGAUGAUUUGAAAAUACCCAACAUCGAAGCAAUUGUGUCACAAGAUAUGUCACAGAGUUAUGAGCUUACGGUAAUGCUAGCUGAGUUCAAAUUAUCUUUGAAUUCCUACUUAAAACAACUGAUCAAGUCUCCAGUUCGAUCUUUGGCUGAUGUAAUAGAAUUCAACAACGAACAUGCUCGAAAGGAAAUGAUCAAAGAAUAUAAUCAAGAACUAUUCAUUGCUGCUGAAGCAACAAAUGGAAUCGGACCCAAAGAGAACAAAGCCCUAGCAAUGUUAGUAGAAUGGUCAAAAGAUGGGUUCGAGAAGGUUAUGGAAGAACAUAAGUUAGAUGCAAUUAUUUCGCCUCUUUAUUAUUUUUCAACUGUUCUUGCAAUUGGAGGAUACCCAGGAAUUAGUGUUCCUGCAGGAUAUUAUAAUUAUGGUGUACCAUUUGGUAUAUGCUUUGGAGGUCUAAGGGGUACAGAACCUAAACUUAUAGAGAUAGCUUAUGCUUUUGAGCAAGCUACUGCAAUUAGGAAGCCUCCUGCACUUUAAAAAAUGAAUAUGGUCAAGCGUAGCUUGAGGAGUAAGAUAGUCCACUAUAAAUAAGGGAGAGUAGGCGAGAAAGACAUCCAGAAUAUUGAAGUUUAUUUUAGCUUUGUUUAGCUCUUGAGGGUGAAUAAGGUCUCUCCAAAGCUUGAUAACUAUCCUCUAUUUUCUGUAAUUCCAUUUUUAUCAAUCAAAUUUCUUUUCUUCCUUUAA